CUGCAGGACACGUGUCUGGGAGCAUUUCUGUAUAAAAGUACGUCAAUAUAUCUUUGGAUUGAGGAUUAAAUACAAUUUUUAUUUUCGAGUUUGUCACGUGUGAGCAGUUCAAGAUAAUGGCGGUGAAGACUGUAGCUGUGAUUGGGGCAGGAGCCAGUGGUUUGGCAGCUAUUAAGUGUUGUCUUGAUGAGGGACUUGAACCCACAUGCUUUGAAAAAAGUGAAGAUAUUGGAGGACUUUGGCGAUAUAAGGAUCAUUCGGAAGAUGACAGAGCCAGCAUCUAUAAAUCUGUGAUCAUUAACACAUCUAAGGAGAUGAUGUGUUUUAGUGAUUUCCCAAUUCCUGAACAUUUCCCAAAUUACAUGCACAAUUCCAAAAUUAUGGAGUACUUCCGAAUGUAUGCAGAGAAGUUUGACCUUCUUAAUUACAUCCAGUUUAAGACUACAGUGUGCAGCAUAAAAAGAAGCCCAAAAUUUUCUGCCACUGGCCAAUGGAUUGUCACCACUGAAAAGGAAGAUAAGCAAGACGUAGCUGUUUUUGACGCUGUCAUGAUCUGCACAGGACAUCAUACUUUUCCGAACUUACCAUUAUAUUCUUUUCCAGGAAUAGAAAAUUUUAAGGGUCAGUACCUGCACAGUCGCGAUUAUAAAAUACCUGAUAGUUUUAAAGAUAAAAGAAUUGUAGUGAUUGGAAUUGGUAACUCUGGCGGAGACAUAGCUGUGGAGUUAAGCAGAAUGGCACAACAGGUAUUUCUAAGCACAAGAAGGGGCGCUUGGAUUGUAAAUCGUGUUUCUGUGAAUGGAUAUCCAGUGGACAUUGCAAAGAUUUCUCGAUUUACAAGCUUACUUCAAAAAGCAUUGCCUACUGUGCUGAACUACAUAACAGAGAAAGCAAUCAAUAACAGAUGUAAUCAUGGCAACUAUGGACUCCUGCCUCAACACAGAUAUAAUAGCCAACAUCCAACAGUCAACGAUGACCUUCCAAAUCGCAUCAUAUCCGGAUUUGUUCAGAUUAGGCCAAAUAUCAAGGCAUUUACAGAUACUGGUGUCAUCUUUGAAGAUGGAACAAAAGAGGAAAAUAUUGAUGCAGUCAUCUUUGCUACAGGAUACAGUUUUUCUUUCCCAUUUUGUGAAGAAAGUGUCAUCAACGUUAAGGGGAACAAGAUUGCCUUAUACAAAUUUAUGUUUCCUUACCAUUUGGAAAAGCCCACGCUAGCAAUAGUGGGACUCAUUCAGCCAAUUGGUGCUAUCAUGCCAAUUUCAGAGCUUCAGUCUCGCCUGGCAACCCAAGUUUUUAAAGGUUUGGUACAACUGCCAAGUAAAGAGAGCAUGACCAUAGAUAUAGUAUACAAAAAGUACAAAAUGUCCAAACGCUAUGUGGAAAGCCAGCGCCAUACUAUACAAGUGGAUUAUGUAGAGUAUAUGGAUGAAUUGGCUACACUCGCUGGUGUAAAGCCUAAUAUAUUCAGAGCGUUCUUUACAGAUCCUUGGUUGGCUUUGCAUGUGUUUUUUGGACCUUGUACUCCUUACCAAUAUCGGCUUACAGGACCUGGGAAGUGGAGUGGUGCCAGAGAAGCCAUUCUGACUCAGUGGAAGCGUAUUAUAAAGCCAACUCAGACCAGAGUUCUUGAAAAUAGCACUGUAAACAUGUCUAUUCCAUUGAUGCUGAUAGUCUGUGCAGCUUUAAUUGUUUUGACAGCUCUUUUCCUACAUUUUUAACUAGACAAUUCUUUAAUGUACUCAGUACAUGAAACUUGUAUCUCCACAUUUAUCUAAGAAUAAUCAUUUUAAAUCAUUUUCUACUUCUAAGAAUAAUCAUUCUAUAUAAAAAUCUGUUCAACUAUGAAAUACAUUUUUUAAUCAUUCAUAACAUGUUAUUGUUAAAUCAUGCAAUAUUAGUGUGUGUGUAUAUAUAUAUAUAUAUAUAUAUAUAUAUAUAUAUAAAUAUAUAUAUAUAUAUAUGCAUAUAGUAACGGGAGUUCAGGGCAGCACACCUUGUAACAAGUAGUUAGGUGCCAGCGAUGUUAGCACUUUACCAA